CACGGUUUAUUGGUACGAGUCUGGGCAGGUCAACAACUGCAGCAUCGGCAGAAAGGGCGUGCUCUGCAAGCCGUGCGGCGCCAUCCCGGGGUCGCUUGGAGGGGACGACGGAUUGGCGAACGUGGGCAUGGUUCACUCCGCCAUGGAGGCAAUGAGGACUCUGCUCGGGGGCCGCGCUAAGAGAGGACACCAGACGGAAACACCAGUCGAGCCGUUUACUCGACACAUCUCGCCGUUUGGCCGGAAGAUCUCGUACACGCAGUACGUGGAGAAGACGCAGACGGCAAUCAUAUUCGAUUGGGACGACACGCUGUUCCCAACCACAUACGUCAAGCACGAUCUGGGCCUCUCCAUCAAUCAUAGUCUGAAGGACCAGGCGCUCAGUCCCGGGAAGAUGGUACGUGUCCGGACCGCUCUAGCGAGAGCCGCGUGCGCCGCCGGACGGCUCCUCCGGUUGGCGGACGAGCGCGGGAAGGUCGUCAUUGUGACUUUGGCCAGGAGUCCGUGGGUCACCGAUUCCUGCAGGAAUUUCUACCCUGGGAUGGGCGAGCUCAUCAAGAAGCUCGGUAUCCAGAUUGUGUACGCGCGGGAUAGCGAGCAGAUUGAGCACAACAAGGUGACUUCGAUGGCCGAGGAUCAAUUCGAGACGUUCUGGGCCGAGACGAAGGGCAGGGCCAUCUCCAAGGUUCUGAGCGACUUUUAUUCCCAGUACGAGGGGCAGUCCUGGAAGAACAUCCUAUCCGUGGAGGGCUCACACUUUGAGCGGUACGGCACGAUGGCCGCGACGAUGCAGUAUGCUGCAGUCCAGGGCCUGGCUAACGAGGAAAACGGAAGAAAGAAAGACCGCAUAGACAUACAUGUUCGAAGGUCCCUGCGGACCUCCGAAGGUGUGUUGGUUUUUGCAGGGUUUCUUCCUCCAGGAGAUCUGCCUGGGCAGUCUGCAGGCGACGGCGAGGGCGUGCGAAGGCUCGAAGGGGUCCACGCGGUCGUCGCUGUCUGUGUCGAGCGUGAAGAGCCUUGAGAGCAGGGGCAGUGGGAGGCGAAUGUCGUGGGAGGGAACCGUCGGCGGCUACCAGGUCAAGGUCAGGACGAAGACCUUCAGGAUGCUGGGCGAUCCGACGGAAGAGGAGCUCAUCCCGAAGAAGAAAACCCGUUUGAUGUUUCGGUGGCUCCCUCUGAUGGUGGAGCUUGACGAAGGCUUCGACGUCAAUCUCAACAGCCUCGACGGCGAGGCGGCGUUCGAUAAGGUCGAGAGCACGCUGUUCGGUCUCAAGGACUGAGGAAGCGUGUUGUGUGUAUCAGCAACGUGUGGGCCCCUACCAGCAGGCAAAUUCAAUACGUCUUUGUUAGAAUAGUCUGCUGCACUGCGCGAAAUGUGCCUCGGUUCCGAAACCCAUAGUUGUGGGUGCUCACUAAAUGGGAGGUUCUCGUUGGUUGCCGUCAUACAAAGAGGCCGGCAACAGAACAAACGGGUGUUUUGAUCCAUUUGCCCCUUCACGACAUGUAUUGUUUCACUUGUCUCACCUUCUUGGC